CAAGCGCAGCAUUCCGACCGGGCAGCCUGGGCCAGUUGCUAUCCAGAAGUGUCGAAGCGUAGAUUACAAUGAAUCGUCUCAAGAAAGAAGACCUCUCGGAGCGUGAUCGACAAGUGCUGGAGUCAAUAUUCAAUCCUUCGCAAAUCGGUGGAGAGGAGUAUCUGCUACAGGACGAAGAGAAACAUCUGACCGAUCCACAGGAUGCCGAUGAUGUGGACGAUCCUCGCGUUAAAGAAUCCCAGCGGUUGGAGAUUGAAGCAAUCGCAUUAACAAUUGCCGGCAAACUGAGCGAGGCCCUCGAGAUGCUGGGGAAAUCCAUCGAGACAGCACCACAUCGCCCGGCACCGUGGAACAAUCGAGCCCAGGUUCACUGUUUGCUUGGCCAGGAGAUUAACGCUUUGAAGGACGUUGAACGCGCAUUGGAACUAUCGGAAGGUAGUGGAAGAACAGGCUGUCGGGCUCUCUGUCAACGCGGCAUUCUGAGGCGCGGAUCCGCGGAUAAAACCUUACUGAAGAUUUUAAUAUUUCUUUUUCUCAAAGUAUUCAAACCUUGCGGUGCUGCUAUUCUUACAUCGCCGAGGUUUUACGACGAAUCGGGGCGCUCAAAGUUUCGUAGUCCAGCGAUCGCGAUGCAUGCCAGAAUAGAACUGCCAACAAGAUCAGCUUCACACUUUGCUUCAUCGUCGUCGUUGCUUACUACGGUUCACUACUACUGCAAGGCACUAUGAUGAACGGAUGGCCGAUCGGUCUCAGUUUUAUAUCAAAAAAGGACAUCUGGUUCCAGAUGUGUUGUCUCUUUCGUUCUGUCGCUUUCUUCCUCGCUCUUUAGUGUGAGAAUCGUCUGGGUAAUGUUAUCUCAUGUUGAAGAGCAUUAGACACAUUUGCCUUUCUUUCGUGAAUCCUUGUGGCAGACGUACACCUCUCGGCUGAACAAAGCUCCUUCCCCCUACCCCACCACCCAGAACUCCUGAGGGAACAUUCUAGAACAUUCGGCGAUUGAACAGUUGUGCCAAUGGCCAUGAUAUGAAAAAGUAAGAUAGACGACUAGAAGUAAUUGGUCUGUGCACAAACGAAGAGGUCUUCUGAGUCUUCACAGCUCUCGUUGAAGAAAAAUCAUCUACAAAAUACGAGGAAAAAUGAACCCCUCAAUCCCCGGCCGUUGGCACAUAUGGAGUACUAGAAACGCUUUUUAUUAAUGUUGAUGCACCUUUUUACGCCAUCAAGUAGAUCAUUGGCCUGAUCUUAAUUUCGGAUAGGAUUCCCCUUUUCUUACCUCAUUCCAGCUGAAGGAAUUGGCUUCGUCCCACGUCCUAGGACUGUCCGUGGUGCUACUGAAUAGCAUACUUUGAAGCACCGGGAUGGCUUUCAAUCAUCCUGUGAGUCACAUUCUAUAAUCGAACAAAAGCGCAAGGGGAAAACAUGUUUGCAACGCGUUUAGGUAUUUGAAUAUUAUCAAUUUGGGUUGACUGUAAUCAAGGGAACGGACGAAUCACCCUGUCCAUACAUACUCACUCACUUUAGGCACCACAAUAUCGGUUCAGCUCUUCUCGUAUCACGUUCGUCUACACUACAGAAACCGAACACGUUGCCAACCGAAUCGGAAACUGUUGCUGACGACGCAAAAAAUGCUUGCCCCAUCCAAUGAAAUCUGCAGCGACGUGUCGAGAUUUGUUUGAUCAGUCCGUGUAGUGCGUGGGCCACAGUUUCACCGUAGCCUAUACUGAACUCUUUUUUGUCGCUGUAGGAGCUGUUGACACAACUGUUCAAUCGCCGA